AUGGAUAGCUUCUCUGAGCCUCGCCGUCUUCCCGAAGUCAUUCAUCUCGGAGACGUACGCACCGCUGUCGCAUCCCUCGAGGCAGAGCACCGUGCAAAGGGCAUUCCGCUCUCAGGCCGUGUCCUCCAUGUCUGUCACUAUCUCCCUAUUACCGCGACGUUGCACUCUUCAUCGCGCCCCGGCAUUCUGAGCCCGCCCGCUACCCCGCCCUCACAACCCUCUGAUAUCCCCCCGUCUCCUACUGACGCGUCCGCGCCCACAACAAAUGGAACCGCGGGCCAAGAUGAUUCCGUUCUGCAUCCCAAAUGGAGCCUGGCCACUCGACAAGGCCAUGCAGCGAUGAUCAGCGGCAUCCGCUCCUUAUCCUCGACUCAUGAACAGCUCAUCAUUGGAUGGACGGGCGAUAUUGAGAGCCCAGUAACGUCUUCAGGUGGUGAGAAGCUCAAGAUAUCCGCGAAUUCUCUCUCAGAGGAAGACAGAACAGUGCUGGAAGAGGAAAUCUCGAACUUCAAAGCCGAAGAAGAACACGGCAAGACAACAUACGUCCCCGUCUGGCUCGACGACAAGGUCGCACACGGCCAUUAUGAUGGUUAUUGCAAACAGACCCUCUGGCCACUCUUCCACUACCUCCUCUGGCAAGACGUUUCUCCUACUUCGAACUCUGCCUCCUUCUCCGCCGACACUCACUGGCCCCCCUAUGAGCAGGCCAACGCUGCCUUCACGCGACGCAUUCUUGAUGUCUAUCAACCCGGCGAUCUCGUCUGGGUUCAUGACUACCACCUGCUACUCGUCCCGAAGCAGCUCAGAGUGACCGUCCCAGAUGCGUGUGUUGGCCUAUUUGUCCACACGCCCUGGCCUAGUAGCGAAGUUUUCCGCUGCCUACCGCGCCGCAAGGAGAUCCUGGACGGCAUGCUCGGCGCCAACCUUGUCUGCUUCCAGACGUACUCGUAUUCGCGCCAUUUCACGUCGUCAUGUGUGCGGGUAUGUGGAUACGAAGUUGCCGCACGGGGCAUUGACGUCCAAGGUCACGUCACCUCUGUCAUGCACUGCCCAGUAGGCGUCGACGCCGAUCGCGUGGCACAGGAUCUUCUUCGUCCUGGUAUUCAACCGAAGCUACAGGCGCUCUUGAAAUUGUACGCUGGCAAGAAGAUCAUCAUUGGUCGCGAUAAGUUGGACGUCGUCAAAGGUGUUGUGCAGAAGCUGCGCGCGUUUGCGAAGCUGCUGCAAGACUAUCCCGAGUGGAUAGGCAAUGUCGUGCUCAUACAAGUCACGUCGCCGGCGCUCACUGACAGCCCGAAACUCGAGCGCCAGAUCAGCGAGCUUGUGAGCAGUAUCAAUGGGGAAUAUGGCGGUCUAGACUUCAUUCCCGUGCAUCACUACCACCAAACGAUCAAAAAGGACGAGUUUUACGCGCUCUUGUCCGCUGCUGAUCUCGCCGUCAUCACCCCUCUUCGGGAUGGCAUGAACACCACCUCGAUGGAGUUCGUCAUUGCUCAGGGCAAGACGAAGAAAAGCCCCCUCGUGCUCAGCGAGUUUAUGGGUAUCUCCAGCAACAUGACCGACGCUCUGCAGAUCAAUCCUUGGAAUCUAGGCGAUGUCGCUAGCGCGAUGAACCGCGGCCUGUUGAUGUCUACUGCGGAGAAAGAACAGAGACAUGCGAAGCUGCACGAGGUCGUGACAACUCAAACUUCGCAUACCUGGGCCGCGAUGCUCGUCAAGAUGCUGCUCGGCGUCAUGGGCACGUCGAACAUGGCGAGACAAACACCCGUGUUGCCUACGGACAAUAUGUUUGAGUCGUACGCGAAGGCAAAGAAGCGGUUGUUCCUAUGCGACUACGAUGGAACUCUCGCACCAAUUGUCAAGACGCCCUCCAUGGCCAUCCCGACUGAGGACACACUGACAGCCCUGACCCAGCUCGCUGCCGACCCUCGCAAUCUCGUCUACAUUAUCUCGGGACGGGAUGGCGCUUUCCUCGAACAGCAUCUUGGGCACAUCGAGAGCCUUGGUAUGUCUGCGGAGCACGGCGGCUUCAUUCGCGAACCAGGGUCGCGAGACUGGGUUAACUUCACGGAGAGCUUGGACAUGGACUGGAUGGGCGAGGUACUAGAAGUGUUCAAGUAUUAUACGGAGAGGACAACCGGGAGCCACAUCGAGGUUAAGAAAAGUUCCAUUACAUGGCAUUAUAGAUCGAGUGACCCAGAAUGGGGACAAUUUCAAUGCCGACAGUGCCAGGACCUGCUCGAGAACAACGUUGCUCACAAGCGACCUAUCGAAGUUCUGGUCGGAAAGAAAAACCUCGAAGUCCGUCCGAUCGCUGUCAACAAGGGCGAAAUUGUCAAGCGCAUUCUCUAUGAGAACCCUGAUGCCGAAUUUGUUUUCUGCGCUGGCGACGAUAAGACCGACGAGGACAUGUUCCGCGCGCUCAGCUUCUCAGAGCCUGAUGGCCCACUCACCAUGGACCCACCCAUCUCCGUCUCGCUGGUGACAAAAGAUGCCACAGAGGAGCUGAUGACGAAAUCGCUCGCUCUUACUCCUCACGGUGUGUUCACCACAGCUGUUGGACACCCCAGCAAGCGCACGUUGGCGAAGUGGCAUGUCACGAGCCCAGCGGAGGUGGUGAAUGAGCUGCUGAGGCUCGCAGGUGCGAACAAGGCCAGCGGCACUGCGGACGAGGCUAAGCUAUGA